GCGCCCACAGUCGAGAAACUUUCCAAAUGACAGCGCUGAGAAGCUGACAGCAGUAUUCUUGUGCUGAGGACAACUCAGAAAAACCCCCCAAAAAAAACAUGAAGUAUUUUUUAUCAGAACUUUCAGGGUUUUUUAGCUACAGAAAGUUGAAAAAUUAUGUAGUGAUUCUGGUUUUGAGUGUGCUGAUCUUUGUCAUCUACUUGGCUUUCCAUGGCAAUUAUAUGGAGCGAAAGGACUUCAUAAAAAAUGUGCCCAGAGAAAGUCACCAACAACAGCCUAUCGAUGAUGAGUUUAUUAAGCAGGAAUUUGAAGAACCAGAUAACGAGAGUCUGCCACCUUGGAGACCAGAGCAUAAAGGAGGAGUGAACAUGCACGUGUUUGAAGACUGGUGUGCAACUUCCAUAUUACAGCUGAGGAAGAAUGUGCUGUACCCUCUGUAUCCACAUGUCCGGACCACAAUAAAGACGCUUGCGAUAUAUCCCAAAUCGACAAACUAUGGAGUAAGGAUCUUCGGCUAUAUUCAUCCAAAUGUCAGUGGCGAGUACAUUUUUGCGAUUUCCUCUGAUAAGAACUCUGAGUUCUGGCUAAGUUCAAAUGAAUCAACCAAAGGCCUCAGACUUCAGGCAUAUGUUGGAAAAACAGGAAUGGAAUGGGCAGGUCCAGGAGAAUAUGGGAAAUUUGCAUCACAGAUAUCGAAGCCUGUAAAGCUGUUGAAACACAAGCAGUAUUUCUUUGAAGUCCUCUUACAGCACAAUGAAGGGGUAGACCAUGUGGAAGUAGCAUGGCGUCUGAACCAGAGAAACAGCAUCUUUACUGUUAUUACCUCAGAGUAUCUGUCUCUCUAUGUCAAUGAAACCUCUGUCCUGGCGGGGGACACGGAUAACAUCCCCCAAACGGUAGCCAGUCAUGAGAUGCAUCCUGACCUCAUCUACAUACAGCGUGACCCUGUAGUGGACAUGGCCAGAGAAGACCUACGGGACUACAUCUUCCAAAUACCCCUGAUGAAUGAUUCCUAUUUGAAAAACAUCUUUCCUCAAUGCAACUACAAGCCCAUUAAUGUAUUUGACGGAGCACAAAUGCAAAGAUUUCAUGGUAUAUACUAUGUUCACUACUCUAGAGUGUACCCCAAUGACCACACAAGACAGGCUCAUUCAGCCGUUGAUGAGAUGUGUUUCUACAACCAAGAUAAAGUAUUUAAAGAAGGAGGCGGGUUUGUCCAGUAUCUGAAAACUGUGGACGGAGGAGAAAAGUCUGAUUUAAACUGGGAGCGGUCCAUCAAUGUAAAUCCCACAGACUUCAACUUAAAUCAGCCCACUGUUGUCAUCCAUACCUGCAAGAGAGUUGGAAAUGCCAUACUAAGUGAAGAAGACGUCAUGCCUGUAGUUGACGCUGUCAUGAAUAAACUGCAGUUAACAGAGCACACCAGUGAAUUGGUUCUGAAGCGUAUAGUGAAUGUGGAGAAGAGGGUGGAUGGUGAUGCAGGUGGUCGUUACCUGCUGGAGCUGGAGUUGGAGGAUGCGAAGGGCCAGAACAUGCUGCUGUCUCGUUAUUUUCAUGUAACUACGAAUAAGGAGGGUAGUCCAGAACUACCAGAGCCAAUUUCUUUCUGUAGCCCAGAGGACUUCUCCUGGAACCCAGCAGCCAGAGUCCAUGUCAUUCUGCCAGUGAAAAAACAGGGCAGAUGGGUCAUUCAGUUCAUCAGACAAAUGGAGAAAGUGUACAGAGUCACAAAAGAUGAAAAUUUCAACGUCAUCAUCAUUGAUUACAGCAGUGAUGAUGUUGACAUACACAAAGCACUGAAAAAGGCAAAUCUACCAAGCUUCCAGUACAGGAGGCUGGAAGGAACUUUCCUGAAAACAACAGCAGUUCAAACAGCAAUUGAACUUAUUGAAGAUGAGAACAGCAUUUUGUUCACGACUGACCUGCAUCUCAAUUUUCCAGUAUCAAUAAUCCACAUGGUGCGUAAACACUGUGUACAAGGGAAAAUGAUUUUUGCCCCAGCUGUAAUGAGACUGGACUGCGGAAUCUCAGCACAUGAUCCCACAGGUUUCUGGGAAAUUGAUGGCUAUGGUCUCAUAGGAAUAUAUAAAUCAGACAUGGAUCGAAUUGGUGGCAUGAACACUAAAGACUUCAAAGACAAGUGGGGAGGAGAGGACUGGGAGUUGCUUGACAGAAUCCUAGAGAACAGGCUGGAGGUGGAGCGACUAAAUCUGAGGAACUUCUUACACCAUCACCAUUCAAAGCGGGGAAUGUGGAACAACUAGCUAAAUGGAUUUAAUUUUUCUGCUCAAGGAAGUCGUCUUGUGAUUUACAGACAGUGCUUUUCUUUUAUUUAUUCUUUCUUCUUCCGUUUUUUUCUACUUUUUCUUAUCAUCUAUAAAAGAAGAAAAGUUAUAAAUGCCUUUUUUACAGGGCAUAGGUCACAAAAUUAUUAAUGCUUUCCUGUAUCAAGAGAGGAUAUAUGUGAUACAGACGGGGGGAAAAGGGUAAAAAUAUAAAAAUAACCUAAAACCACACAGAAGAAUCAACAGGAACAGGGCAUAAGCUCUUCAGAAAACACAAGUACAUGUAGAAAAAUUCAAACAUGACAUCAUUGAUCAAUCAUUUGGUGUGUGUGUGUGUGUGUGUGUGUGUGUGUGUGUGUGUGUGCGUGCGUGUGCAUUUUAAUGAUGAAUGAAAGGAAGGGGGCGGGGGGUUGAUUGUAACUUGCAGAGUGUGUGGUAUAGUUUUUAUGUGGUGUGGUCUAGUUGUGCUUAGUUAUUGUAAUACAGAUUGUGAUAAAUAGUUGUAAGAAGUGUCCAGCCUAAGUCAAACCGGGAGCUUUUGUUUUUGAGAGAUGCAGGUAGUUUUUCCUUUUAAUAUGUGAGUGUAUAAGUACAAUGAAAUGUUUUGAUUUCCAGUUCAUGAGGACAGGCUUCUUGGCAAUGAUUAGAACUUCAUAGAUCUAGAAUAGAUAGAAUAGAUAUAGAUAAAGAAUAUUUAUAUCAGUUAAACUGAUUACUGAUGUGUAUCUGUGCAGAAAAGUGUUGGAUAUAAGAGGAUAUGGGCAUGUAAUGAGAGUGACAGGGGAUUAAUAACACUUACCAGAAGUGUGUGAUAGGUAAGCAGUGCCAGAUGGCAUGGUUGUAGAUAUCUGCAGUGUGUUAGUGCUGGUGGUCCUGUGAGAAUCAUUCUUACAUAUCUGAAUCCAGAAAUCGGCCUUGGGAGUAAUUGAUAGUGUUCUUCCCAUUGUCUAUUUGGUAAUGUUAUAGGUAGAUAAAUAGACUUGAGCCUUAAGACUUGUACUGUGUUUUUAGCAUCUGUGAUUGUAUUUUCUGGGAUACCUGAGAAUAUGACGUUGUCUCUCAUAAUUCAUGCUUGAAGUUCAAGUGUUGUCUUUUGAAUUUUUUUUUUAUUUGUAUGGGAUGAAGGUUGCAUUGCAUUUGAUUUGCUUUAGAUAGGACUUUAAAUUCUUUAUGGAGGACUUCUAUUAGUGAGAUCCUUGCAUCAAGACUGAACAGUUUAUAGAAUGUAACUCAUGCCUGUAUGGAACGAGGAUGUUACUUGGUCUUCUGAGACACCGGGUGAGCUAGGUGGACGUGGUCUCUGCAGUAAGGGAGUUGGGUUUUUCAUGCCUUUGUUCUUUCCUUCAUUUUUGGCUUCAUUUAUCCAUGCUGACAUUGCAAUGGUAGAACUGGUCGAGGAAGUCUUUCUUUGCUUCCAGCACAUAAAUGAAUUGACUGAUUGAAGAGGUACAAUAAUGAUUAGUUAUUCCGAUGUUUGCUUGGGUUUUAGUUCAGGGGCUGGAGGCCACCAUUUAAAUUGUUGCACUGUGUUUCACGAGAGUGUGCUAGUGCAAUUCCCAUGGAGAGACCCAAGUACACUCUUCUGUUUGAUGAGAACUGACGUGGCAUUCUUUUUUAUCCCUCCUUUAUAACAUUUUCAGCCCUACCAAUAGACUUUAAUGCAUAUGUCAACUGACAUAUGAAUUCAUACGCUCAAAGUGAAAAUGGACAUUUUGCUCUGAAUUCCAUGUGUGUAAAUUCCCAGCAGGAACAGUGAAACAUUACGGCCAAGAAUGUUGUAUAUUGUUGUACAAACAUGUGCCUAAAAAUGUUAUAAUGUUGUUACAUUUGUAAUAAAAAAAAUGCAGACAAAAAAAUGACUGUGGUCACUGAGUAUCUGGGUUCAGCAUUAACAGUUGCCUGAUUGUCUGCACAAAAUGCUGGGAUUAAAGUGCACUUGCCUGGUUGGGCAGGCUGACGUUCAAUCAUAGAGCAGUUUUGAUAGAAUUGGGUUUCACAACAGAAUAGAAUUUGUUUUUCUUUUCGCACAUAAGAACUAGGACACAAUGCUGAAUUAAAGUUAUCUAUUUUCACCUGUCUCUGUGAAAACACAGAUUUACCUAUUUACUUUCCAUCAGUAAUAAUGUUUAAGGUUGACUAAACAAAGCUUCAUAAUAUGUAUGCUACAUCUGCUUUCCAGGACAAUAAGGGUCAAUCAGGAACAGUAAAGGUUAAGUAAGUGUGUUGAAAGAAAAACACUUAUUGUAACAGUAGUGAAUGCAUUACAGCAAUACUCAUUUGCAGUAUCCCAUGUAGUGGACCAUCCCCUGAGCCACCAUCCCAUGUAGUGGACCAAUGUCAGAACUGCUUCCAAUAAUAAUAUUUCUCAGCAAUAAGGCACAGAAUUCAAAUGUAACAAAUGUAAUACCAUAUAAAAGUCAAAAACAUCCACGUCACCUCUUGUUUCAAGGAAGUAUACACAUUUAUCCGUCCAGCAACUUCCCUGAAAAUACUGGACUAGUCAUUAUAAUGUCAACCACUGAAAAACAAAAUGUUACAACUUACCAUGCAAUCCUGAUUGUAAAAUAUUACAUCUCAACAACAAAUAUGUCAUCAGUAAAUAAGUUGAUUUCAAGUUACCUCAUUUGGGUUGUGUAACAUCAUGUAGUAAUGACAAAAACCUUAAUAGAUGCAACUCAGGCCAUGGUAAUGCACUUAUAUUAAGUCGUUCUGUGACUGUAAUGUGUUUAUUUAUUUAAUCUCACUGUUAUGACACAUUGUGUGAUAUGCAGUGACUUUCUUUAUUCCCUCACCCCCUUUAUUUUUUGUUACAUUGUGUUUUUGUGCAUAUCUCUGUGUUUGUGUUAUACUGUGAAAA